AUCCAACCCUCCCUCCAUAUAAAAGCCACGACCAAACCAUUUAGAGAGAGAAAGAGUUAGAGAGAGAGUGUUGGAACACAACAAAACAGUUCCUCAUCCUCUCAUUCCAACUUCUCUCGCACACUCCAGACACUCCGCGAACCACCACCUCCUACCACCACUAGGCAGUGGAAUUUCUUGAAGAAUUUUAAUAUUUAUUAGAUGGCGGUUACACCUUUUGGUAAUACUUCAGCUACUCAAUGGGGAAUUCGUCCUCAGCUUAUCGCCAGAUCCAGCACUAUGCCCAAGUUUGCGUCCGCAAGCCACAAUGCUACAAGCAGGGUAAACUUUAUGGCUGCCUCAAGUUCAACCUUUUUUGCUCGGGAUUCCUUGCGUUUUAGCAUAGGCUCAUAUCAAACUUUGCAUCGUCGAAGGGGAUCAAGGUUUAUAGUUAGAGCUGAAACAGAUUACUACACUGUCCUUGGGGUGUCAAGAAAUUCUACCAAAUCUGAAAUUAAGACUGCUUAUCGAAAGCUAGCCCGGAAUUAUCAUCCAGAUGUGAACAAGGAGCCCGGUGCAGAAGACAAAUUUAAGGAAAUUAGUAAUGCAUAUGAGGUCUUAUCAGAUGAUGAAAAACGAUCCAUAUAUGACAAAUAUGGAGAGGCAGGGCUUAAGGGUCAAGGAAUGGGUGGCAUGGGGGAUUUCAGCAAUCCUUUUGAUCUGUUUGAGACGCUAUUUGAGGGCAUGGGUGGUGGUGGCAUGGGCAGCAGAGGUUCUUGGAAUGGAGCAGUGGAUGGCGAAGAUGAGUAUUACAGUCUUCUUUUGAAUUUCAAAGAAGCCGUUUUCGGAGUGGAAAAGGAGAUAGAGAUAAGGCGACUUGAGAAUUGUGGAACUUGCGAUGGUUCAGGGGCUAAACCAGGGACUAAAUCAUCCACAUGUAAAACGUGUGGUGGUCAGGGUCGUGUUGUCACUCAGACAAGGACUCCGUUAGGUAUCUUUCAGCAGUCUAUGACUUGCUCAUCUUGCAAUGGGACUGGAGAAACCCGCACACCUUGCGGUACAUGUUCUGGGGAUGGUCGGGUGAGGAAAACAAAGCGGAUAAGUCUCAAGGUUCCGGCCGGUGUGGAUUCUGGUAGCCGUUUAAGGGUCCGAAACGAAGGUAACACUGGAAGGCGUGGUGGUUCUCCCGGUGACCUCUUUGUUGUUCUUGAAGUUAUUCCAGAUCCCGUGCUGAAACGAGAAGACACCAACAUUUUAUACUCUUGUAAAGUGUCCUAUAUUGAUGCAAUCUUGGGGACUACACUCAAGGUUCCAACUGUAGAUGGCAUGGUGGAUUUAAAAAUCCCCGCUGGGACACAACCGGGAUCAACACUCGUUAUGGCUAAGAAAGGAGUUCCACUGCUGAACAAAAAGAACAUGAGGGGUGAUCAAUUGGUUCGAGUGCAAGUUGAGAUUCCGAAGAAACUGAGCAGCGAUGAGAGAAAACUUAUCGAAGAACUCUCGGAGUUGAGCAAAGGCAAGACCGCGGCCGGUAGGAGAUGAUAUUUUGUUUGUUGGAAGAUGGAACUUGUAUGUGCCAUAAAUUUUAUUUUCCUUUUAUGGAUGCUUCAUUCUUGACCUUGGUAUAUGUAGGUUAUAACUCCUUAUAGACAUAGGCAGAUUACAUGUUUUCUACAUCUGUUGCUUGUUUUAUUGGAUUUUAUACUUUCAUUA